UCAUUCUCCCAUCCGACCUGUGGUUUGUGCUAUCUGACGUGAGAUAAGCACCGGUGGAAAGCUAGCAGUCUGAACUAUGGAGCAGAUACAUGAUAUCCAGGUCGUUCCGUGCACCAAUUCCAAUUAUCUGAAACCAUUCAGGGUGCACUAUAACCAGAAUGGGACAAAGAAAUCGUGGGACUUCAUGCGAACUCAUGACAGUGUUUCGGUGCUGAUCUUCAACACCACCUCACACUGCUUCAUCUUGGUCAAGCAGUUCCGCCCAGCCGUGUACAUGUGUGAGUGGGAGAGGACCAAGGAGCCAGCCGUGCAGGCAGCGGCGGGGGAGGAGGAAGGGGCUGCAGCCACUGCUAUCCCGGAGACACCCAUCGGCGAGACUCCCCAGGAGGAGGCUGUUGCUACGGCUGGGGGCGUCAAGACCCACCAGCCCCCGGGCUCGGCGGGUAUGACCUACGAGCUGUGUGCAGGCCUGGUGGACAAGGCCGACCUGUCGCUGGAGGAGAUUGCCAGGCAGGAGGUGCUGGAGGAGUGUGGCUACGACGUGCCAGUCGCCAAGCUGCGGAGGAUCACCUCGUACAGCUCCGGCGUAGGUGUGACAGGAGCCAAGCAGACCAUGUUCUACGCCGAGGUGUCGGACGAGAACCGCGUGGGCGAGGGCGGAGGCGUGCCUCAGGAGGGGGAGCUGAUCGAAGUGGUCAAAGUGCCCCUCCAUGAGGCCAUGACCUUUGCCUAUGACGAGAGCAUCCCCAAGACCAUGGGCGUCAUCUUCAGCUUCAUCUGGUUCCACAACAACAUGUCGCCCAAGUACAAGAUUUCCACCAACGUGUAACCCACCCAACCCUGUCCUUGCACUCUUGAGCCUGAGGUAGAAGUUGCAGUUAACAACAGAUCUGGGAUCAGAAGACCCUAACCCCAAGCCUAAUCUUUACUAUUAAGGGUAUGGAGAAAAAUAUCUGACCCUGUGUCAGUGGUUAGAGACAACUUCAAACUACUCCCAACACCUUGCCUCUGACCAUUUCCAUAUAAAAAGGCCCCGUGGUAACCAUUUUUGUCUUGUUACUAACCAUCUUCUUUUUUGGGGGUUUGUCAAAUUUUUGAUCUUAAUUACUUUUCCUCUAAAACUUGCCAUAUUCACUUUUUGUUGUUUGUAACCUUUUCCUCACAGAGGUCACGAAGAUGGCGACAUCACUCUUGUUCAGAGCUGCUCGUCUGUAGUUGAUUUGAUCACGUUCCAGGAAUGCGAAAAUGUUGUUUCUUAUUCAGUGCCAGAGUUUAUCACAUAUGACGGUCGUUGCUGAGUCUGUUAAAUUGCCACAGCUGUUCCAGGCACGCCUUGCUUACUUUCUCUAUGAUCUACACAGCCUCAAAGCCAGUGUUUCUCAUUCUUGUGUCUUGGGGGGGGGGGGGGGCAUUUUUAUCCCAGCCAAGCACUAACACUCCUAAUUUAACAAAUUAAUGAGUUGAGUAACUGCUGGGCUAGAAAAAGAAUAUGGGUCCCCUCACAUCCAGGACUGGGAGACACUUCUCUAAGCAAUAGUUUGAUAGUUGGUUGUUUGAUCAUGUCUAGAAACAAAUCAACAUUUCAGUUUGCUUAGGCGUUUAGAUAUGUUGUAAGCAUUGCAUUGAAUCCAGGGCUGUCACUACAGUAGUGUGUGCUCUGAGGUCACAAGAUAUUGUACUUUUGCUAGAGGCUUCUUUUAACUACCACAGGAAUAUCACCUACCUCUACACUGAUAAGCUUUAUUUCAGUUACUAAUGUCACAAUACCAGUACCACAACACUCCGUAUCACAAUACUCAAGAGGUAUUGUAAAAUCGUGAUACUACAAUACUCAUCACGAUAAUGCGAUAAUUGUGAGUAUCGUGAUACUGCGCAUUGUGAUAACACUAGUAAACACCAUAUGAUUAAUUGUGAUAUUGUGAGAACCUUCUGGUGGACAAUUGCUCUCACACUUAUACAUGUGUGUUAACAGGAAGGCUUCACCGAUACUGGCUGAGAACAACCGCGUUUUUAUAUGUCUCAGACAGUGUUUUGUUUUUUUCCUAAUGAAGGAAAGUGAUGUCGAGCCCCUAUGAGCCUCCGUAGAAUGGAGCAGGGUCAAUGGGAGUUUUGUUUUGGGAAAUUGAAAACCUAGCUUGUAACAUGUCUGAGUAAUUUUAGCAUGCUACUUAACCCAGCUAUCUGGGAUAGCACCGUGAGCCCAUAGUGCUGUUUUGUGAUCCCUUUUUGUUUUUUAACCUGACGCGGGGGGAAAGUUUGGUUGAUACCUGCACUGUGUGGGGCUCGAAGGAAAAUGGUUGCUCUUUUUAACUUGGGCCAUGUCUCAGCUUCACAACAGUUUAAUCCUCCCUUUCCCCCAUGGCUGUUUUGGCCAGACCACUUCAAGACACCCAGAUUUCCACAGAAAUCAACAACAGCAGCUAUUCAAGUCUAUAGUGGUUUGAAACUAGGGUUGCAAAACGUUCCCAGGUUUUUCAGUAAACCCGGAUGGAGGAUUCCAUCCUCAAUUAUUCCCUCCAGUUUUACUAGAAUUCUUUCAAGCGGAAUUUCUGAAAAACCUAGGAAAUUGGGGAAAGGUUCCGGAAUUGUGCAACCCUAUUUGGGAAAGAAAGAGCUUAAGACAACAAUCACAAUCACUUGCUUAACGUCUUAGGUCGAACCGUUUUCCCCCUCUCGAUGAGGUGACAUUCAGGGAUCACCAUUCUGCACCUUUUAGCCAUAGGCUUUUUAACCCUUGGGUAUUGUGCUGAUGACAUAUGUCGUAACAUUUCGAUGUAGUUUGCCAAUAUCACAAACUGUCAAAGUCUUAAAUGGUUAAUUGACAAAUCUUCUCAAGAAAACUUUUUGGCAACAUAUUAAUGUGUGGAUUCAUGGCCCCUUUCACUAAAACUUGGUAAAAAAUCAGUGGUAAUAUACUGAACAAAAAUAUAAACGCAACAUGCAAUCAUUUCAGAUUUUACUGAGUUACAAUUCAUAUAAAGAAUUCCGACACUUGAAAUUAAUUCAUUAAGCCCUAAUCUAUGGAUUUCACAUGAUUGGGAAUACAAAUAUGCAUUUGUUGGUUAUACAUACCUUUAGUACCAGUUAGUACCUGGUGUGACCACCAUUUGACUCAUGCAGCGUGACACAUCUCCUUCGCAUAGAGUUGAUCAGGCUGUGGAAUGUUGUCCCACUACUCUUCAAGGGUUGUGCGAAGUUGCUGGAUACUGGAACACGCUGUCUUGCAGGUCGAUCCCAAACAUGCUCAAUGGACAAACAUGCCCAUGGACAAACUGGGACAUUUUCAGCUUCCAGGAAUUGUAUACAGAUCCUUGCAACAUGAGGCUGUGUAUUAUGCUUAUUGCGACAGAUGAAUGGCACGACAAUGGGCCUCCAGGAUUUGGUAUGCAUUCAAAUUGCCAUCGGGUUAAAUGUAAAUGGCUUAUGCCUACCCAUAACUUGUAUUCUCCCUAACACAAGGUGUGCCUGUGUAAUUGUUUUAUUUGAUUUAACUUGGCAAGUCAGUUAAGUACAAAUUCUUGUUUACAAUGACUGCCUACCGGGGAACAGUGUUUUGUUUUUUUUUGCUUGGGGAUUCGAUCUAGCAACCUUUUGAUUACUGGCCCAACGCACUAACCACUACCUGCUGUCCCGUAAUUAUUAUGCUGUCAGCUUCUUGAUAUGCUAUCAGGUGGAUGGAUUAUCUUGGCAAAUGAGAAAUGCUCACUAACAGGGAUGUAAACAAAUAUUUGUAAAAAACAUUUGAGAGAUAUAAGGUUUUUGUGCAAAUGGAACUUUUCUGGGAUGUUUUAUUUUAGCUCAUGGGACCAGCACUUUACAUGUUGUGUUUAUAUUUUUGGUGUGUACACACAGUGCACUUGGAAAGUAUUCAGACCCCUUCACUUUUUCCACAUUUUGUUAUUAAAUCAUUUUUUGUCCCUCAUCGAUCUACACACAAUACCCUUUACAUAAGUAUUCAGACUCUGUACUCUAGGACGUCUUGAUGGUUCCGAAAGUCUAAAAUGUAAGAAUGAUGGAGGCAACUGUGUUCUUGGGGACCUUCAAUGUUGCAGAAAUGUUUUAGUGCCCUUCCCCAGAUCUGUGCCUCGACACAAUCCUCUUUCAGAACUUUACAGAAAAUUCCUUCGACCUCAUGGCUUGGUUUUUGCUCUGACAUGCACUGUCAACUAUAGGAUCUUAUCUAGACCAGUAAGAUGUGUGCCUUUCCAAAUCAUGUCCAAUCAAGUUGUAGAAACAUCUCAAGGAUGAUCAAUGGAAACAGGAUGAGCUCAAGUUAGUCUCAUAGCAAAAGGUCUGAAUACUUAAGUAAAUAAGUUAUUUGUUUUUUAUUUUUAAUAAAUUUGCAAAAACCUG